AAACUGAAUGGGAUUCAAGAUUUAAAUCGUAUUUGACUCCGCAAUUCCGGUCGAGUCCCAUUGAGUCCGGUUGACUCCGAUUGUGUCCCGCGAGUCCGAUUGAAUGCAGUCGAGCUCAAAAGGGCUGUCAAAAUUAAACUUGGACGAGUGAAAAUUAACGAGUGAAUAAGUUUCGUUAUCGACAAAACAUGCAGCACACAUUGCCAAAUGUCUUGGAACCCCCGGUAUUAGACUGUUCGUCAAAUAUCUCUAAUGCAGACCUCAUAGUGGAACUGUCCAAAUACGGACAGAUUCAGGAUAUCAAGGACCUGUUUUGGGAGAGUCAAUCGCGUUUCACAGGCAACAAAAGAAAGUGAAAACAAAAAACAGCUUGAAGCCAGGCCAAACAACAAUAUCAACAAAAAAGUAACGGAAAGAAAGUAAAGCACAAGAAAUACUCUCAUUCAGAACAUAAUCCAUGGAAAGAUACUCAAACACGUACAGGCCUUGAAAUCAAUUUAAAAUUAAAAAAAAAAAACACACUGAAAAACAAAACAACCGAUUCAAACGAACCAUGAACAUUUUAAACCAAGAAGCAAAUACCAUGAUAUAAACAUAUGAAGCCUCUAUUGCCUACUGUCAUCAUAAUUAACAAACUACAAACAACAAAACAUUAGAAACAUCCUAGACCAGAAGCUCUGCUUUGACUCCAGUUAGUCGAAGUCCAUAAAGAUAAAGUUUGACUCUGAACAUGGGGAUUCAAACGUAGGAGGAUACAACACCCUCUUUUGCAAAAUAGAAGAAAGUUCACCAGAAAGGCCCGCGGUUGCUUCGGGUUAAAGACCGCGCUCAGCUAAGGACGGUCCCGUCCCUUCCCGUUACUGUGACCUUCUCUCGCUAUGGGCUCGGAACAUUCCACGCAACUGCCAGGAGCAGCCGCCGACGGUGCCCUGCGCACCGGCAGCCUACAUCGUCACUCGACGGCCAACCCCACCGCGUCCGGUACGUCCUCGUCGACGCCUGGGCGCUCCGGGCUGUCAGGAGGCGGCAGCGGUAGCAAGCUGCAACGCGGCAACACGAUUGCGGUCACUGGCACGACACCGGGCGGCGGGGUGGACGAUGGCUACUCCACCUCGUCCGUCACACCGUCCUCGGCGUACAUCUGCGACUCGCGGCCCGUCUCGCCGCCCAUGAGCGUUUGCUCCGAUUCCGACCUGCCCUACAUCUCUUACACGGACAAACCGAUCGGUGAUUCACCGAAGCUGCGCAACAAGCAGCAGGCAAAGCAGACCAAAUCACGCCCAAACAGUGCGAUUAUCAUGGGCAGAACGUCACAACAGCACCAGCCCCACCACUACCAGCAACAUCUCACCCAGCAACUGGAGGGCAGGGGUGGCAAGGGUCGACCCACAACCGCACCGACUGGCGGUGGUGGCAGCGGCGGGGCGCACAGCAUCGUGGUGGUGAAGUCGGCCGCCGCCCGGGACGUUGGCAUCGAGAAGGAUGACGACAUCGUCCGACUGCAGAGCGUGCCGAUGUUUCUGCCGGUGAUGCGCGGCACACUGACGCUGCCGGCGAACCGCGACCCGGAGGUGCUGGAGCGGCUGCAACCGACCCAUCUGAUCAACAUGUGCAGCCGGCUGCAGUCACACUUUAACACGUGCGCGGUGCACGUGUCCUCGGAGCAGCAGCAGAUAACGAACCGCAUCAAGGAGGUCGACCAGGAGGUGUCGAGCGCGUUGGCCCAGCUGGUGCAGAAGCAGAAGCUGUACACGUCGUACGCGGAAACGUUCUCGAAGGUGCGCCAAAUCUCCCAGCAGCUGACGCGCUGCAACGACAUACUGAACCAGAACAUCGAGAGCAUGGAGUAUCUGAACAAUCUGCUCAGCGUGGACGACCGGCUCGAGCCGUUCGUGUGGAAGACCGAGUAGUGGUUUAGGGGCAUAGCGUUUAACAGCAAGGAAAGUGCAAAGCAAAACGGCACACGUGGUGGGUGGGUGGUGUAACUCUAGUCGUGCUCUGCAGUGCAAUAAGCAGCCAAAACAGUGUGGCUCAAUGCUUAUCAGUUUAAUCAGUUGUAUUGUAUUGUUGUUUAUUGAACAGAUAUUGACCGGAAGGAGCUGUCUUCCGGUUAUUCCUUAUCACGUAUAAUUAUCCUAACUCUUAAGACUAGCAAUAAAUGAUACAUAAAGCACCGAACAAAAA